AUGAAGUUCGAACGCAUCUGCGUUUUCUGCGGUAGCGCAUCAGGUACCCGGAUCGAAUACGCAAGAGCUACAGUUGAGCUUGGACAAGAACUUAUUAGUCGAGGCUAUGGUCUGAUAUACGGUGGAGGUAGUGUUGGUCUCAUGGGCGAUAUAGCGAUCGCCGUUAGUUCCGGCGGGGGGAAAGUCACGGGCAUCAUUCCAAAAUCUCUCGAGCCAGUGGAAAUAUCGGGCCAUUCCGUCGGUGACGUGGUGAUAGUUAAGGACAUGCACGAGCGCAAAGCCCGAAUGUUUAAAGAUUCCGACGCUUUCAUCGCGUUACCUGGCGGCUUCGGAACACUUGAGGAGCUACUUGAGGUCAUGACAUGGCGGCAGCUUGGUCAUCACGACAAGCCGAUAGGCUGUCUCAAUGUUGCUGGAUAUUUCGACCUAUUUUUAUCGUUCCUCGAGACUGCUGUGGAUGAAGGCUUCAUCAGUUCAAGCGCAAAGAAAAUGCUGAUAACUGCAAGGACACCGGCUGAGCUGCUCGAUGAAAUGGAGAAGUCUACCAAAAAUCUGCGAGAAUCUCGUCGUGCCUUGGUGAAAAAUUGA